CUGACCUGCCGGCGGGACCGCUCGUACAGCUUCCAGUCUUGGACCAACAGCCGCCGUAAGCGCAACAUUUCGGCCACUCGCCAGCACUAUAUAGCGGGGUUGUCGAGAUUACCGAUGCGCCGUUUCGCCAAACGUAAACAGCACAGAAUCGAAGCCAUGUAUGGUACGUGAUAGACAGCGUGGAAGAUGAGGACGCGUAUGGCUGCGUAAUGAGAGCGCUCGUGGCUGGGGCGCUGUCGGUAUUGUACUCAUCAACGACUUCGGACAACAAUGCGUGGCCAACGUUGGCGACGGCGGCAGCGACGGUGGCCACCACGGCAAACUCGACCGCGGUGCCGUUGUACGAUUCGCCGCCGAGGUUCUCGUUGACCCAGACCGUGUUUAUCGCGCUCAUGUCCGGUGUGCUCAGCAUCAUCACUGUGGUGGGCAACAUAAUGGUCAUGGUGUCGUUCAAGAUCGAUAAGCAGCUGCAGAACAUCAGCAACUACUUCUUGUUCAGCCUUGCGCUGGCCGACUUCUUCAUCGGGCUCAUAUCCAUGCCACUCUUCACCGUCUACACCAUACUCGGCUACUGGCCGUUCGGCCAACACGUCUGCGACGGCUGGCUUGCGCUCGACUACUUGGCCAGCAACGCAUCAGUGCUCAACCUGCUGCUGAUCAGCUUCGACAGAUUCUUCUCAGUGACACGGCCGCUUACGUAUAGGGCCAAGCGAACAAGAAGAAAAGCGCUACUGUUUAUCUCGGCCGUGUGGUUUAUAUCGCUGUGUCUGUGGCCACCGUGGAUCUACCUGUGGCCUGUAAUCGAAGGCAGGCGAACCGUACCCGAGACACAAUGCUACAUACAGUUUAUACUCACUAACCAAUAUAUCACUUUCGGCACGGCCAUACUGGCUUUCUACACGCCGGUGACGGUGAUGAUCGUUCUGUAUUACCGCAUUUAUAUGGAGACCAAAAAAAGACAAAAAGACUUGCCUAAUUUGCAAGCCAUCAACAAGCCUCACAACGAUCAACAGCACGAAGACUCUUGGGGUCGCAUAAGGUCGGAUCCAAGCAACUCGUUGGACCGAAGGGAACUGUACGAGUCAAGCUCAUUGCGACAAGCGUACUCGCAGUGCUCACUGAAAGCCAGACGGCUGCUGACGUGGUCGUGGUUACGCGACUGGUGCGUAGACUGGUGGCACUCAGGGCGUGAUGACGAAUACGACGAAGAAGAAGACCAAACGCCCAGCGAUGUGCCGGGCGGCAUCGGUUACGGGACCACGGUGUCCAGGUCGACAUCAUUAAAUAUCAUCCAUCAGCAGCCCACCACGCCACCGCCGCUGAAGUCCUACCACGCGGUUAACAACAACAACCGGUUGGCGAACAGGUCUUUGUCCAACGACUCGGUGUAUACUAUUGUGAUAAAACUGCCCGGCGACUGCGAUCACGACGUGCCGACAGUGAAGCAGUAUCACGGUUGUUACGAAGAAGCAAAAAGGAGAUCUGGACAAAUGGUUCAACGGCCGUCGCAAGACAUGCGGUUACCGUUGAACGCGACCAAGAUCCUGCCCAAGCAGUUAGGCCGAGGGCCCGCGGCAGCAGCGGCGGCGGCGGCAGCGGCAGCGGCGGCGUACACGAACAAGGAGAAGAAAAAGAAAAAAUUUCAGGAGAAAAAGAGCGAGCGAAAGGCGGCCAAAACGCUGUCGGCCAUUCUGUUAACGUUCAUUAUCACGUGGACGCCGUACAACAUACUGGUACUGCUUAAGCCGUUGACGGCGGCCUCGGACGCGGCCGGCAGCACCGUUGAGUCGGAUAGCAACAAGGGAUGGGUGACGCAGGGCGUGUGGGAUUUUUUCUACUACCUGUGCUACAUCAACAGUACCAUAAACCCAAUGUGCUACGCCCUAUGCAACACUACGUUUCGCUUGACCUACCUAAGGAUACUCAAAUGCAAGUGGAACACUAGGAGACAUCCGCCACCACCCCACUUUCGGCCUUGAAAACGUGAUGCCUGUACUUUAAAUACCGGUCGAUAGGUGUAUAAUUAUGUUUAUGUGUGAGUGUGUGCAUUUUUUUUAACACUUCACAAUAUUGCUACUACAAUGACUUCAUUGGUAGCAAAAAAAAAAAAAUCAUUUGAUACAAUAUUGACUAAAAUUCAAAGAAAAACUUAGGAUUUCACAAUUUUUCUUUAAAAAAAAAAGGGUGUAUACAAAUGAUAUCAGUCUUGGGCUGUAUUCAAGUUAAUUAAUACUGUAUUCUGAACAAUUUUCAAGACUAUUGUAUUUUCAUAAAAAGUAAAAUUUUGUUUUAGGUAUACUAACCUACUAAAAAUAUAUGUUUUAAUCGGUAUUAAAACUACCUAUAAUAAAGUGAAAUAAUUAUUGUGUAAAAUCAUAUUAAAAACAAUUCACAUGCUUUUUUAAUCGGGCCAAUAAAGUAUAACAAUAAAUUAUUGACAACAACAUAGAAGACUGAAAUAAAACGCAAAUUACGUAACACGUCUUUUUUUUUGGUGAAAAAAUAAAAUAAAAAGAUGUAUUUUUGCAUAUAAGAAUAUAUAUAUUUUUAAAGGCUUUUGAGUGAAACACAGCAGAUCUAAAACAGAUUUUUUUUUUGAAAACAACAAAAAACAGACGACUUUUUUCCAGAGAACUAUAAAUACCUCGUACUUACUACUACGGUUCUUAAAUUGACUCAAGUGUUUUACCCUAAAGCUGAUAGGCAUUUUGUACAUAUUUAUAAUACAUUUAAGUAUUUUUUGUAAAUUGUGACGUGCCUUGUAAUUACACCCAUUAAUAAUGAUCAAUUAUUUAGUAUUAUCAUUAUUAUAAAAUUAGCUCGUAGAUACGAAUAAUACAACAUACAUUUUUUAUCGACCACGAAUAACCAGGUAUUCUAAACACUUUUUUCAUGAAUUUCUAAAACAUAAUUAAAUACAUUUUGUUUCAUUUAAAGCUACCAAUAAAGAUUGUAAAUUAAAAAAAAAAGUUUAGCAUAUCUACCUAAAAAAUGAAUUUGCAAUGAAACUAUUGAUACUAAAAGGACAAAUUUGUUUCCCCAAGACUGAAUAACAUAAUUAUGCCGUUAUUAAUUUAGAACCUAUUAUUAUAUUAUCCAAGUACACACUCACACAUGACAUAAUAUAAAUGUACAUGUGUUUAUUAUUAAAUAAUAUGUAGGAGGCGACGAUAUCAACUGUUGUGGGCUAUGACAGCAUGCCGAUCACGGUUUUGGUAUCAGCCGUUUGAUACAUGGAAAGAAAAACUGUAAAUUAAUAUUAUAAAAAACUAUCGGUUUGACGGUUGGUGACCGGAGCUAAGUGACAGCCGAUGGAUAUACUGGGUAUACUUUCCUUUAAAGGAAAAUCGCCUAAAAUCGGUAUAGUUCCCAAAAAGAACAACAAAUUAUAAUAACGUUGUGUAUUUAUUAAGCUCGGUUCGACGGGAGGAAACAAAAAUCAGGUACUAAAAUCAUAAGGACAAAAAUAUUCAUUCAAAAUACCUUACAUCAUCCGAGCAGGCUGCGAUAAGAAAUGUACUGUAGGCGAAUCGCUGAUGAUCGACAGUUUUUUUCCGUAUUUAUUGACAUCUCACUCGUUUAUUAUUAUUUUUUUUCUUUCAAAUUUUUAACGUCACACUAAGGUGAAUUGUCCCGUAGAUUUGUUUUGGUUUUCUUAUAAAUAAUAUAUUUUUGUCUGCAAUGGAACAUGUACCUGUAUCCCAUUAGAUUUUAAGCGUUUUCACCGUGACCGAGCUAACAAAACCAUACGAAUUUUUCAAGUAUUUACAUAAUUUAAGUAUAAGUAUAAUUAAGCAUAAAUAUAAUUGUAUUAUUAUUAUUGUGUAAGAAGAUUAUUGCGUAAGUUUUAAGUCAUAGUGGUCACUUUUUCACCGCCUGAUGCAAUGCAUAGUGCGCAAACAUCAAAUCUAUAGGCGGGACUAUUGGGAUUCAGACGACUAUGACUUGAACACCUUCGAUAAUUAAUUAGGCCCUAAAUGUAUUAUAAACGUAUAAUAUUUUAUUUUGUAUUUUUUUUUAUUUGACAUUUAUAUACUUCAAAUGUAUUCAUUAAAUUCGUUUGUCCACGAAUCUA